UAAAACACAGGUCUGUCAAACAAUUACUUUAAUAAUUUUUCGGUCUUUUGCUGAUUUUGUCUAACUUUUAAAAAAUAGAAUCAAAAGAAGUAAAAAUUGGGUCUUGUCAAUUGUCCCCUCGAAAACAAAAGCAGUCCAGUCUUGUUGGAUCUGUACUUACUGCUGAUAGUGUAUUACGAAUUCAGAAUUUUGUUUACCAGAAUUGUAUAAACAAAGUAUCAAAACCAUUCAUUGAUUUAUAAGCAAUUCUAACAUUGUAUUCGAUGGAAUAUAGAUAAGUUAAGGAAAGCGCUUUUGCAAUCAUUACAAGAUGCCAGAACCGUUGCCAUCGAAACAAAGUAAUCGUUCAAGGAGUUCAGCUAAUGAAAAUGCUGAACCUGGUUUUCACUCUAGAAAACGGAAACAUUCUAUUACAAACAAAAAUGAUGUAGUACCAAAGAGAUUGUGUGAAGAUUCAGAAUUGUUGAGUGAUUUACAAGAUGAGUUUAGACAAGAUUCACCUGAUGGAUUCCAUAAUUCUUGUCAAAAUAAUCAAUACAGGAAUAAUAUUCCUGAUACUUUGAUUAGACUUAUGUAUCAAUUGGACUUGUCAGUGCUUUGUACGCUUAGAAAGUCUGCACAUGAACACAAAUAUGCCUCAACCUCCUUAGCAUUUGGAGAUUCUGAGAUUGACAAAUUUAGUGAUAUUGUUCUUCGUUAUGAAGAGAAAUCCAUUCAUCUACACAUUGAAACUGUAGACAAAUAUUAUGUAGAUAACGAUAUUGGGUAUGCUGGGUUGUUCAUCAAAGAAAAAGAAAAAAGAAGAUUUUAUAUAAAUGAUUACUUUGAUAGCUUUGUUAAAUGUCUAAUGCUUAAAUUAGAUAGUUCAUUGAAUAAUAUAGAACAUCUUAUUAUCUAUACCAAUUCAAGAUUGGAUCUUACAGAAGAAAAGAAAUUAAAACGAGGACGAUCCAGAAAUUUUUAUCCUAUCAAAUUUGAUAAUAUGAAUAUAAAGAAACACUAUAUUUUAAAAGACUUCUUUUUUAUAAAGGAUAAUGUGCGAAAGCGCGGUUUUUAUCAGUUUUCACGAGAUAAAAUAAUAAGAGAAGAACUCAUAAAACGAUUAGAAUUAUCAGCUGCUAUGCAAAAGGCAAUAGCAACAAGAACACCCUGUCAAGGUUUUGAAAGAAAAAUAAGAGAAGCAUUUUUGGAUAAAUUAGUAUUUGCAGUAAAUCAGCCUAAUAGAGAAGAGUUGAACAGCCUUAUUAGAAAUAAAAUGAAAGAAAACUAUGAAGUUCAAGAUAAUUAUAAAACAUUACGGAAAAGAAUAUUACGUACUUUGGCAGUUCCAGGAAAACAUAAAAAAAUUAGAAAUUAUGUAUCUAGGAUUGUAUAUGAAUUUAGUUUAUUAAUGUCCUUUUUGCAUGACAUGUUUUUGCACAAAAAUAUGUUUUCCAUAAAUUUUGAAGGACAAAGCCGUGAUAUAUCUAACGACAUCAUCAUCAAUUAUAGAAAUAGAAUUACUUAUGUGAAAGCUCGUGAUGCAGAUAAGGAUAUUGACUAUAGUAAAUUGUUUCCCUCUAAACAGAAAGAGGAGAAUACGUUUUCUAUUAAUAAACAUUUUGCACUUUUUGUUGAAGAGUUACAGCAUGGUAUAAGAUAUUUUAUUAUCUACACUAAUGCCAAUCUAAUGCUUACAGAAGAGAAGACAUUAAAAAAUGGGAAACCCGAAGAUUUUUGUCCUUUAAAAUUUGUUAACAUAGAUAUUCAAAAGAAAAGAUAUAAAAUUUUAAGAAAUUGUACCUGUAUAAAUGGGAAUGAUCUUUAUAAAUUUGCACAAGAAGAAACAACAAGAGAGAAUGUUCUAAAUCUACUAAAGCUUCCGCCUUUUCUGCAAAAAGAAAAGGAAGAAGGAUGUCUUUCCAAUGAGAAUGAAAAGGAAAUAAAAGUUAAAUUUUUGGAUAGAUUAAUAUUUGCAGUUAAUCAACAUGAUAAGAAAAAAUUGAAAAGUGUUAUUAGGAAUGAAGUGAAUAAGUUUGAUGUUCCAUAUAAUCAUGAAGAAUUACGUGAAAUAACGUUACGUUGGUUAGAGUCUCAUGAAUUUGGUCAUAUUACAAAGGGAAUGAUGGAAAAACUUUUAGAAGAUAUAAAAAAUAAUAGAUCUAGUUAUCAGAAGACUCAGAAUAGGGAUAUUAAUGAAGAAAUUAAUUUUGCUAAAACUGUAGUUGGUAGACAAGGAACAUCUACAUUUCAUCAGUUUUUAAAUUAUCUAAUUAAAGGUGAAGGAAAAAGAAGUCUAGAAGUUCUGAAAAGAAACGGAAUAGUUCUCACUAGCAUGUCCAGUAUUUUGAGCAGAUCAGGAGGCACUGCUAUACAUGCUUUUAAAGGACUAUAUAAUCUUUGGUUUGAUGAAAAAGAAGAUAAAACACGAUACCUGCAAACUCUAGAAAGAGUCGGAGUAAAUCUAGCUACUAUGUCUGGUAUUUUGAGUGGAGCAGCAAAUAGUGCUGUGAGUUCUUUCAAAGGAUUAUAUGAUCUUUGGUUUAAUAAAGAAGGGAAUAAAACACAAUAUUUAAAGACUCUAGAAAAAGAAGGAUUAAAACUAACUACCAUGUCCAGUAUUUUAAACAGAGCUGGAAUUACAGCUCCGACAGCUUUUAAAGAUUUAUAUGACCUUUGGUUUGAUCAGAAAGGAAAUAAAACACUAUAUUUAACAACUCUGGAGAAAGGAGGAAUAAAUUUGGUUACUAUGUCCAGUAUUUUAAGUGGAGCAGGAAGUAAAGCUUCCACUGCAUUUAAGGACUUGUAUGACCUCUGGUUCGAUGAAAAAGGAAAUAAAACACAAUAUUUAAAGACUCUAGAAAAAGAGGGAAUUAAUUUGGCUAAUAUGUCGAGUAUGUUAAAUGGGGCAGGAGUUAAGGCUCCUAUGGCUUUUAAACAGUUAUAUGAUCUAUGGUUUGACGCUGAAGGAAAUAAAACUCACUGUUUAAAAACUCUAGAGAAGGAAGGAAUUAAUCUGGCUAAUAUGUCUAGUAUUUUAAGUAGAGCAGCAGCUAAUGCUUCAAAAGCUUUUAAAGGAUUAUAUGAUUUGUGGUUCGAUGCAGAAGGAAAUAAAACGCAAUAUUUAAGAACUCUAGAAAAAGAAGGAAUAAAACUAGGUAAUAUGUCUAGUAUUUUGCAUGGAGCAGGAGCUAAUGCUUCAAAAGCUUUCAAAGACUUAUAUGAUAUUUGGUUUGAUGAAGAAGGGAAUAAAACACAAUAUUUAAAACCUCUAAAAGAAGAAGGAAUAAAUCUAACUAAUAUGUCCAGUAUUUUAAGUAGGGCAGGAGCUAAUGCGGCAAAAGCAUUUGAAGUCUUAUAUGAUCUUUGGUUUGAUGAAGAAGGGAAUAAAACACAACAUUUAAAAGUCAUGGAAGAAAAAGGAAUGAAUCUAACUAAUGUGUCUAGUAUCUUAGGUGGAGCAGGAUCGAAUGCUGCAAAAGCUUUUAAAGACUUAUGUGAUCUUUGGUUUGAUGAAGAAGGAAAUAAAACAAAAUAUUUAGAAGCUCUAGAAGAAAACGGAAUAAAUCUAGCUAAUAUGUCCAGUAUUUUGCAUAAGGCAGGUUCUAAUGCUUCAAAAGCUUUUAAAUGUUUACAUGAUCUUUGGUUUGAUAAAAACGGAAAUAAAACACAAUCUUUAAAAGCUCUAGAAGAAAACGGAAUAAAUUUAACUAAUAUAUCCAGUAUUUUGAAUGGAGCAGGAUUUAAUGCUGCAAAAGCUUUUAAAGAACUAUACAAUACAUUUUGUGAUGAAGAAGGAAAUAAAAAAGAACAUUUAAAACAUUUUAUUAAGAGAAAAGGCUUUACGAUUCAUAACUUAUCUGGUAUAUUAAGUGGAACUGGAGCUAAUGUUAAAGAUGCUUUUGAAAAAUUGCAUGAUGUUUUUUUUAAUGACGACGGAGAAAGAACAGAACUUUUAGAUGAUUUCUAUAAAGUAGGCUUUGUGCCAAGUAACUUAUCCGCUAUAUUAUGUGGAACAGGAGUUCGUGCUUCUUCUAUUUUAAAAAGAUUGCAUAGCGUUUGUUUUAAUAAGGAAAGAGAAAGAACAAAACUUUUAGAUGAUUUCUACAAGGCCAAUUUCAGCCCUGGUGCUUUAUGCAGUAUAUUAAGUGGAACGGCGAAUAGUUUAGAAGAAUUUUAUAAUUUUUGUUUUAUAGCAGAGACGCAAAAGUAUUUAAGUCAUUUCUUAAAUGAGAAAGAAGGUUUUACAGCCAGUGGUUUAUGUAAGAUAUUGCAUGGAGCCAGAACUAAUAUUUGUUCUGCUUUAAAAGAUUUUCAUGAUGUUUGUUUUGAUGAGGAAGGAAACAGAGCACAGCUUUUAGAUGAUUUCUAUAAUGCCGGUUUUAGGCCGAGUGAUUUAUCCAAUAUAUUGUGUUUAGCAGGAAAUAGAGCCACUUUUAUUUUAAGAAAUUUUCAUAAAUUUUGUUUUAAUAAAGAAAAUUAUUUAGAUCACUUCUUAGCAGAGAAAGAACUUUUUACGCCGAAAAAUCUAUCUAUGAUAUUAGAUGGGGUAGGAAUCAAUAUUUGUCCUAUUUUUGAAAAAUUGCACAAUCUUUGUUUUGAUAAGGCAGGAAACAAAACAAAAUAUUUAAAAAAUCUUAUUAAUAAAGGUCAUAAAAAAAAUGAGAUGUGCAAGAUAUUGCACAAAGCAGUUAGAGCUUCUUCUAUCUCUUUAAAUGAUGAAGAAAAGUAACUGGACUUAGAUAAUAAAAACGAGCCUUUGGAAUAAAAGUAGCAAAAAGCAAAAAAUCAAUCCAGUACAAAGUAAUUUUAGUUUUUAUGAGAGAAAAGCCGAAGAAAUAAAUAGUUUACAACAGAAACGUGAUCUGAGGAAAAGCAUAAAAAGGAAAUUCAGUCUAUUCUACGCAUCCAAAACUAUGGACUAAAAAAAGAUACCGAAAAUUUUGAAUCCGGUAAAGUAAAGUUUACCCAAACAUUUAAACCUAUUGGGUGUAUAUAUAUCAUUUUCCUCCGCGGGUAAAACAGUACGUAGGCGUGAUAGGAUACGCUACAAAACCAUACGCCACACGCUAUCUUUCGUGUUAUUAUAGAAACUAUACUCCCUAUAUAUAUACAUACAAUUUUGUGUUUACCUGAAUUUUAUAAACAAAGUAUGAAAACCAUUCAUGGGUUAAUAAGCAAUUCUAACAUUGUACUUAACGGAAUAUAGACAAG